GCCCUACACGGCCGCACCGAGGAGGCGUAUUGGUCCGUCUCUCCGCCGAUUGAGGGCAAAGUUUCGGGUCUCCGCGCAUGGGCCUUACGAGCCGGCAAGCCAGCCGGAAAGCGUAAUUGGUGCGAGCGUUUAAUCAGUGAAUGGGUAUCAUUGGGUCGACCUUUACCUGUCAGUUGUUCCACUAGGGGGCGGCAAAAAUGGCGACGGUCGGAAGAACUCAUUUCCUCCUCGGCUUGCUGUGGCUCUGGAGCGCCGCUGUCUUGGCACAGGACACCGGUGCACAGCGCAAAGUGAAAGCAAAGUGGCCAUACUACCCGGGGUUCGUGAACGACCCAGCGAACCCAGUUAACUCUGAGGACGAGGAGGAGAAAGCUUGUCCGGCAAACGGCUGCUGUGUGCAGGGUCCGCCGGGCAUGCCCGGGACCAACGGCGUUCCCGGAAGCAAUGGCAUUCCCGGAACGCCCGGGAUCGGCGGGAAGGACGGGGACAAGGGAGACCGGGGACUCCCGGGCAGACCCGGCAGGCCAGGCACGAAGGGAGACAAGGGAGACUCGGGCAGCGGGGCGAUGCUGCUGGGCAGCAACAUCAAACAGUGCGCCUGGCGGAACCUCAACUUUGAUGAGGACCACGGAAAGAUCAAGGAAUGCCCGUUUUCCAAACGGUUCACCAACUCCUCUCUACGUGUCGUGUGGAACGGAGCCCUCCGGGUGACGUCGACCAGCGGCUGCUGCAAGCGGUGGUACUUCACCUUCAACGGGAUGGAGUGUUCGGGCCCGCUGCCGAUCGAGGGACUGGUCUACACCAAUGCAAACAACGGGAUGUACGGGUUGAACAUUCACCGGGUUUCCUCCAUUGAGGGCAUCUGCAGCGGUCUCCCUAAGGGUAAAAUCAACGUGGAGUUCUCCGUGCGUAACUGUAAGGGCAUCUCCAACAGCGGGAACGCCUACACCGGCUGGAACUCCGUGUCCAGGAUCAUCGUCGAAGAGAUCAUGCUUCCUGACGAUGCGACAAAUCAGUGAAGGGUUCUGCAGGCACAGCUAGAGCAAACUUAGCGUCACUGCAAGAAAUCAUAUCUUUAAGAACACCCUUACUCAUGAUUUAAGGGUUACUUUAAAAAUGGAUUUCGUGUAGUACUUGACACUUCAUCUGUGUUCAUAGAAUUCAUUCUUGAGCAGAAUUUUAGCUGUGAUUUCCAACACAAGAGCUCCCAAGUAGAGACAAGGGAAGACAUUUGCACACAUUAGACCCAUUGCUCACCGAGCCACGCAUCUUAUCUGCAGUAAGUGGUGUCAUAGAAGUGGUGCAUUGUUUGUACUGUAACUGCAUUGCACUAAAACAAGGCACAUCCAAUUGUCUGAAGUGUUGAACAUCACAGUUAAAUCCUACCUAAGCUAUAACACCAUGAUGCUCGUGUGUGACUCAACAAGCAAAUGUUGUGUUCAAGAGCUCAAUUCUGAUUCAAGAGCUCAUCUUAAUUCAAGGUAACACUCGCCUGUGUAUUUGUAAAAAAACAAGUCUUGAAAGUAAGACAAGACCUGAUUGCUUUUUAAAGGUUUGGGGACAUUGAGCUUUGAAAGGGACAUUAGAAGCCUUUUUACUGUUUUACGUCUGUCAAAUGAUAUAUAUGAUAUUAGCACUGCAUUGUAAGAAGAGCACCUAAGCUCUAUUACGUUUGUAAUAGAUCAAUUUUUCUGCCGUGUUAUCUGCUUAAAGAAGGAAGCAAUGUUACUUGCACAUAUAAUCGAUAUCGUCUCUGCUAUGAGCAAUAGAUAAAGAAGCUAUCUGAUCUCGGUUAUAUCAAUUUUGUACUUGUGACGUAAAGAAUUAUAUACUAUAAGAUAUGAAAACAUCGCAAGUGCAGCAACGACUAUGGCUGUAAAGAUGUCAUACAAGCUAGUGUUCAAGUCAUAAUUAGAGAAACAUAUCUGCCAUCAGUUUAA